UAUUUAUGUUUUAUACAGAAAAAGCUUAACUAAAGUACUAUUGUUGGCAUAGUUUGUAUAUGUGUGUGUAUGUAUGUGUGUGUGUGUGGCUUGGGUUUGACAUGGCCUGACAAGGAAAACGUGCAGCCCAGCCUUUUUAAUUUUACCCAGCAGACCCAGUUUGGGCGGGAUCAAGGUCAAAGACUGUUUUCCUCCCUUACCAUUGAGAGGUGGUUUCAUUGGGGCUAAUGCAGAGAUGGGGAGAUAGGCUUUUAUAGGCUACAAUAUUUAUGUUUCUUGUUUUACCUGUCAGGGCUUAGGUCACAGAGCUAGGUUUAGGUUAAUGUUUAUAAGCCUAUUGAUUACAGCCUAAUUUCUACAUUUAGGGUUAACCUACUAAUUAGCUGUGCCCAUGUGAAAAUGUAAUUAAGGGUAGGCUACCUUUACCCUGUGUAUGAUUGCGUGCAGGUUUUUUUAGAUAGUUUGUCAAACCACAGCCUGUUAGAAUUGAGAGAAUUUUAAUUGUCCAUGUAUUUACCGAGCUGUACCUAUCCGUCAAAGUCUGACUUUGGCUCCAUCACGUCACCGUUCCUAACGAAGAACGGCGCAGCUCUCCUGGACCAUAGCACCGCUUCAGCGAGAAGGCUGCCGGAUUACCGGGGCUACUGCCACCACGAGCCGCGACAGCAGUAUCCUCCUCCGUGGAAAUGGAGUCUCCACCAGGCGAACCGUCCCAUCAGCUCUGCGCCGCCAUCCCGCCUCAGCUUCCCGGGGGAAGCGGGUUUUCACGAGUACCAGGGCUUACCAUCGUCGUCGGAGACGAUAUUCAACACCGGUAACGACUGCUUUCUGUACGGCGGAGCGGCUAACGGCGCCCCAGGCUCUCGUUUCCACGCACAGUCGUUUCCCGGAGACCCGCGGGGUUUCCCCGGCAGACACACGGCGUUCAACCCGGACGCUCGACUUCUCUUCCCGGCAGGGCAAAACAGAGUCCUGCCGCAGGUUUUCGAGCAGUUUCUCGACUAUACGGAAGAGGCAGUAGGUCCGAGAGCCCAGGUUAGGCCUACACCUGGGAGCCAACAGCAGAAAGAGACGACUCCGGCCGAGUGGACGAGCUGUCACACCGGGGAAAGCAGCAAGGUGAGGGAGGGGUCAGAGUCACCCCAGGCUGCGAAGGAGGACGAGGAGGAUGCGCCGUCAUCCAGCGGCAGUGCAGGAGACUACAGCCAAGGCCUGGAGCCCUGUGGGAGGAGGAGGAAGCGUUGUCCUUACUCCAAGCAGCAGCUCAGAGAGCUGGAGAGACAGUUUCUAUUCAACGUAUACAUCAGCAAGGAAAGACGCGUGCAGCUGUCCCACCUUCUGCGCCUGACAGAUCGACAGGUGAAAAUCUGGUUCCAGAACAGAAGAAUGAAAGAGAAGAAAUUGAAAAGAGAGAGGCUGCUGUACAACGCAGGAUAUCACCUGUUCUGAUGGACGGAUGAGGAAGAAAAAAGUAAGAGAGUCUUUCUUUUAGUGUGAGGCGCAAACUGUGUGACAACUCUGCAAACACUGUCACAGCACUGUAUCAUUCCAACCCUGUAGCGAGGUUAUAGAGACAAACAUAAAGGUAAAACAAAUACUAGAUAAAAAAAUAUAGGCUGGUCAUUUUGAAUAUAGGCUACAUACUGCCAUGUUGGUUUUAAUUUCCAAGGCACAAACCCUAUAGUGUGCCUUGGAUAUUUUUUGAAAGAGAAUUGCAUUUUAUAUAACCUUUCAAUCCAUGAAAUGAGCCCUUUACAACAUGGAAUAAGCACAGUACGUCUGAAUUAGCCAAAGGGCAUCUGUAUGCGAUCAUCACAAAGACCAGGCUCCAUUGUAUUCAGAUAAAUAGAUAACGUUCCUUCCUGCCAUCGAAGGAGAACCCCAAGGCUCAGGUUUAGCCCCCAUGUUUUUCUAGAGUGCAAUCAAAUCCUGAGCAGUCAAAAACACCAACAACUAAUGAAUAUUCUUCUGUCUGGCUCCUGAUUUUAUUGACUUUUCAUCAAAGGCAUUCUUGUCUUAUUUGAACCCAACUUCCUUAUCUGAAGACAUGUGGCUCACUGGGAAGACAUGAAACCUCUCUCUGCCUCAUGUCCUAUAAAUACCAAGGAAUGAGCAUAUACAUUCUUUAUCCUUUCAAAAAACUAAAUGUAGGGAAACAUUAAAUCCAGAUGUACUAGCUCUUGAUAUGCUCAACUGCGGACGUCACAUUUUUAUUGUGUGUUUUGGUUUUGACAGUUUAUUGACACAGGCCCUAUGCGUGUAAAUUAGUUAGUUUCUAUCGCUCUACCAAUCUGUAUUGAUAGUCACAGUUUUUGGAUUAUAAAUCCGCUUGCUGUGAAAUUGUUUACAAUUAAAAGGUAAAGACCAAAUACCAUGUAAAUAUAAUAAUUUUAGGCAACUGAAGACAAUCUAAUUUUUUGUGUGUAAUAUCUGUGACAUUUGUUGUUGUUACUAUUUUGCUUCUGUGUUUUCUGGAAAAAUACUGUAAAGCCUGACUGCAUAAGAGAGCAAUAUGAGUGCAAUCCUAUUGGUUGGUUAACUUUGAUGAGCUUUGUGAUUAAAUGUGAUUAAAUAAUGAAUGACAAUCAAUGAGUUGUUCAUGCCUAUCAUCUACUUUUGUUCCAAGUGCGUGUCCUUGCAUUUAUUGUACCAUUACGCAGUUUGGAUUUCAAUGUAUGCAUGCAUUUUAUGUCAGAA